AUGAAAAUCGGCCAAGUGCGAGUCGGACCCGCGCACGAAGGAUAUCGUACCAUUAAUAAAAACGCUCAAAACGUGGAAAUAUCUCCUCUGAAGGCGGUUCGUCGCGUUGGUGACGAGCUUACCGUCCUAUGCAAAGUGCCGUACCGCAUCGACUCCUGUCGGAUGACCGUAGGCCCGACUUCCUACCGACUGAUCCCCAAUAAUCCAGGCGACGUGGUCUACGCCGGCCAAGGCUUAGAGGUGGGUGAGUGCGGUGCCCACAUCAAGCACAUAAAGGAGGAAUGGAAUGGAAACAUAUCCUGCGUUCUGCCGCCAAAGUCCGGCAGCAUCGAAGUCACCGGCACCAUGCAACUGUUGGUCGCAAGGGCACCCGGAGAUCCUCAGCUGAUCUCGCCGCCGCAGUCUUCUUUCAAGGAGGGUGACAUAUUCAUGGCCCAAUGCAUCGUGCCCAACGGAAGGCCGGCUGCGAAGAUCACCUGGUUCUUGGGG